UGAGAUCCCAACAACAGCACAUUGUCCCUUCCAGGCCCCCUUUGUUUCCUCCGCACUCUUUCUCUCGUGCCAGCAGACCGACCAUGCGACCGGAUGGCCCUCGUGACUCUGUAACCGGGCCUGAUGGAGGCCCGGAGUCUCCCUAUCCCAUCCGCCUGGCCGGCCCGGUGAUCAAGGGCUUUGGGCGGGGCAGCAAAGAGUUGGGUAUUCCCACCGCCAACAUUCCGGCCGAGGGCCUUGCUGCAUAUCCGGACCUGCAGGUGGGCGUCUACUACGGAGUGGUGGCCUUGGAUCCGACCCGAUUCGCCUUCGACGAUGCCUCGUCGCCGAUCCGACCGGCCGUGUUGAGCAUUGGGUACAACCCUUUUUAUAAGAACCAGACACGGUCGAUCGAAAUUCACAUCAUGCCAUCUCUCUCAGCGCCGUCACCCACCGCGGACGGCGGUCCCACGAAAUUCCACAAGCUCCCGGAUUUUUAUGGCACAGACCUGCGCCUCUUGAUCUUGGGGUACAUCCGACCAGAGUACGAUUAUGUAUCGCUUGAGGCAUUGGUGGAGGAUAUUCGCCUGGACUGUGAGGUGGCGCGCCGGAGUCUGCAGCGGCCAGCAUAUGCGUGUUAUCUGGCCGGGGAAGAAUGCGCGGAGGACGUAAGGGAGGCGCGCCAGUGGCUGACCCGGUUCGAAUCACAAUAACGGACAUGCGUCAUAAUUCCUGGUCUGAGCCGAAGGGUUGAGGUGCGUUUGUACACACAUGUGCUAAUUCACAUUGACCAUGUGCCUUUAGAUUUAGAGAGGGAGAGACACCUGGAACGGAACGGCUAUUGAUCGCCGUCCCACUGAUCGACGAUGAGCGAUCUAUAGAUAUCCACACAACAUGCAGAUACACCUACGUAUACAAUUGCAAUUUACA